AGAGAUGUAGCGGGGGAGCAUCCUUCCCACCCCGAACACUGUUCUGUUUUGUCUUAAGACGUCCAUGCAGGCCCCGUAUCAAUCACAUUACUCUCCUACAACUAGAGAUCACAUCAACUAUAUCCCGUCCCCACGGUUUCGCCCAUAAAAAGAUAUAAAGGUAUAUACCUGCCUAGGUAGAAUGGGUUCUAACCCCCAGAAGAGUCUUCUUGACGUGCUGCGAUCGCAGACCGCAGUAGACUGUGACACAUUCGAUGUCGAAAUUCCGAAACAACUCAGUCCAUUCGUAGACUGUACAUCAAAUCAGGCUAUUGCGUAUCACGAGUUGAUACGCAUAGGUGAGGAUGGAAAAGCGCUGCACGCUCAGCUGAUCCAAGAUGCUAUUGAUUUUGCAUCGAAGAAGAGCUCAGCAUACCCAGGAGUGUCUGUCGCCGAGCUGGCAGUAGAGACCAUGAUGGUCAAGCUGGCUCUAAGAAUAGUACCCUAUUUGAAAGGAUACUCUCAUAUCCAGACGAACCCAAAGUUUUCUUAUGAUAAGCAGAAGACCAUCGAGAACGGGAAACGAAUCGUAUCAAUAUUCAAGGACCUCGACCCGGAGUACGAUUCUCGUAGGGUGUGCAUAAAGGUACCGUCUACCUGGGAAGGCAUGCAAGCGUGUCGCGAACUAGAGAGCCAAGGCAUCGUGACGUUGGCGACAACCAUGUUUUGCCUUGAGCAGGCCUCUCUGGCGGCUCAUGUGGGUUGCACCUACAUUGCACCGUACAUCAAUGAGCUACGGGUGCAUUUUGAAGAGGGCUAUAUCGACCAGCACAAAGCAUUCGAUUUCUGCGGUUCUGCCCAGCGAUAUUAUGAGAAGAUCGGGAGCAAGACACAGGUAUUGCCAGCGAGCUUGACGUCUAUCCAAGAAGUCAUGAAGUUGGCUGGCGUUCAUCACAUCACGGUGGCGCCGCACUUAUUGACGAAAUUGGCAGAGACGCCUGCUGAUUCUUGGGAGGGAGAGGUUGGAAGCAUCUUCAAGGGGAAAAAAGAGGAAGUGCUAGGUGAUUAUGGUGAUAUUGUAGAGAAUGAGAGCGUCUGGCGCCUAGCUUUUACUCGAAGCCAGGAUGGUAAAUCUGAAGGUAAAAUCAUCCAGGCCAUUAACAUAUUCAGCGAUAAACAAGAUGCUCUAGAGGGUCUAGUUGGGCGAUAGUGGAUUCAUUGCAAGAUCUAGCUAUGGCAAACGGACCUUGUAUGAAAUUUUGGUUUUUUUUUUUUUUAAAAAAAAAUAGGUGGUGCUCAAUACUAUAGGUACUAGGUACCUACCUAGGUAUCUAGUACCUAGCAGGAAUUGCGACGAGCUUACCUAUAGGUAUCUGCGGCUUGGCAAAAUAUGUGGCUGUUGCAGGUAAAGGAUGUCCGAGAUUAGUGGCUUGUUAUUGUUCCCGAGGUCCUUGACAAUGUUCAUCAUGAUGGUAGUUUGUCUAUUUCAAGGCUUCCCUCUAUCUAGCGAUCU